CACAAAGGGAAUUGGAAGAGCAGGGGUGGUGCCCUGGGCUGUUCACAUAUCUGGAUUCUAGAGAGGACCCAGAUUUGCUGGGGACAACAGCCAGGGAGACAGGGCCAUGUGGCUGUCCCCAGCUCUGCUCCUCCUCUGCCUCCCAGGCUGUUUGUCUCUGUGGGGCCCUGACUCUGUGACCGGCACCGUGGGAAGCUCUCUGAGCCUGCAGUGUCACUAUGAGCGGGCAUACAAGGGAUAUAGCAAAUACUGGUGCAGAGGACAACAUGACACCGAUUGUCACAGUAUGGUGGAGACCAAAGGAGGAGAGAAAGUAGAGAGGUAUGGCCGCGUGUCCAUCAGAGACUCUGCUGAUGACCUCACCAUAACAGUGACCAUAGAGAACCUCAGUAAAGACGAUGCUGGAUCAUAUUGGUGCAAAAUUCAGACAAUAUGGAUCCUGGAUAUAUUUUCGCGUGACCCCUCCUUCCAAGUCCAGGUGUAUGUUAGCCCAGAAGCCACUCCCACCCCCUGGGUGACCACAGCGCCCAUCACGUCUGCUUUGCUGAGAGUGAGCAGUGGGCAGAAUGACAGCAUCGAGGACGUGCUGGCCCCCCACUCCUGGUCCCUGCUCAGCAGUGUCCACUUCCUGCUUCUCGUCUUCUUGAAGGUGCCCCUGCUUCUGAGCAUGCUCAGUGCUGUCCUCUGGGUGAACAGGCCUCAGAGGGCCCCUGGGGGUGGACAGAGACUGCUUGUUUGGAACCUCUACAGUGCGCCACCCCAGAAAUGCCCUGCGUAAGGACGAAGCUCCUUCGGACUGUACGAGAAGGACUUUUGACUCUGGACUCCAGGGCAGGGAGGCAGCAGUCACCAGCUUCUGUAGGGACUUCUGUAAGGAGGGGCCUGGGUCUUAGAGGGCUCUUCUUUGGAGUCCUCAGCAUGGAAGAGGGAGUGAAACUCCCCUGGGCCCCUGUUUUGGGGGUCCUCUUUUCUCCUCCCGGCUCAUGCCCACUUCCCAAGGCCAAGAAUUCUCUGGGAUUUUCAUGCUCGUGCACAAAAGCAUCUGAGGUCAGUUUCCCCAGGGAAGAGUCGCCUCCUUCCUACAGAUGGGAGGCUCCCUGAGGAGCCUUUGGGCUCACAGGGCUCCACCCCCUCUCCUGGGACGACCCAGGGCUCUGGGUCCUGCUCAGGCAGCUCCUCACUUUCCUGAACACUCAGGGUUCCUUCCCCUUUUCUGGGGCUUUUGGGUCUCCCUGGGCUUUAAGCCUCGCUGGGUCCCUGUGAGCAGGGAGCAAGGGCUCAGCACAUCUGCCUAGGCUGGUCAUGGCUGCGUGGCUCCAUGGGACGGGUUGGAGCAGCAAUGGGAGGAGGAGGCGGUGGCUUCCGCUAACACCACUCCUGAUCCUGGGGGUCUCCUCUGCUCGGUGUUGCCCAAGAGUCCAUCUGCCUGAGACCACCUGUCAGCAGUCAGUCCCUUCCCCGGGGUGGGCAGCUUUUCACAGGCAGGGUGCAGGCUGGGAGGUGAGGAGCACUCUACCACCCGGGGACCCGAGCCCAGGAGGAGGCGCCGCUGGCUGAACGCCUCCGUUGCUCCCCGUGUGGCUUGCGAGGGGAUUCCACUGUCUGCCCCAGCGUCACCAUCUCCUCUCACUCCCUGCUCUGGGCCAGUCCUCUCCCUCCCCCCAGGCCACUCCUGCCCUGAACUAGUGAUGCCAGUUUCCAGAGAGGGGACGCAUCCAGAGGACAGCAUGAGUGAAAACAGGGUAGAGGCAGCCAUUAUGGUAACCGUGGCCCCUGGGAGACCUGUCCGCAGAAGGGUGCUGUCCCCUGUGGUUUUCACGGUGAGCUGUGUCCAAGGUGAGCUGACCUGGAGCUAAGGUGGAGCAUGUCACGGGGCAGAGGCUUGACUCUGGCCUAGGUUUUUAUUUUCAUUCAUUUAUUUUUUGAGGUGCUGGGAUUGAACCCAGGGCCUCGUGGACCACUGAGCGGCACCCCCGCCCUUAAGCUUCUAUUAAGAACAGUAGGGUGGGCUUGGCCAGAACAAGAGGAGAUGGUGGGUGUCCUCUAGGAGAGCUUACUUAGCCAACGUGGCAGGCUCCAGCCUGAGGGCCAGAAGAAGGGGCGUUGUCGACAGAUGUGGGCUGGUCAGCAGCAGGCCUGGGGAUGCAGAGCUCACGUUUCUGUGUGUGACCGGGGUCACCAGGCAGAGGGUCUCGCAGGAAGCUAGAGAGGGGAGCCAGUAGAGUGUGAGGGCCGGGGAGGAAGGCGUGUGUCCAGAGCACGGGAGCCCAGAGAAGGUGAACUGGGCGGGGAAGUCUCAGACCAAGGACAGAGCCCACGGCCACCACUGUUGAGAGCCACAGCCAAAGGGGCCCCAGCAAACUUCCAGCUGCCAGCAAACUUCCAGCUGCUGGCUGAUGAUUGGCUCACAGCGGCCCCAGCAACAUCUAGCCGAUUGGCUCCUCUGCGGUGAUGCUCAUUGGACUGUUUCCCUGCCCUUUCAGACCACGGAGCUGCUCAUUGGGGGACUUUUUUGGCUCCGCCCACGUGACCCAGCCAAUCGGCCUCAAGAGCAGGAGGAUUGUGGGAGGUGGAGAGAAGCUUGUGGGGGAGAGAGAGGCUUGGGGAAAGCCGGUGGUGGCAGUUGAGGCUCUGAGGGUUUUUCCUGAGAGACUAUUUUGUUUGUCGUGUAUGGUUCUAAAAAUAAAGUUAGUUUCUUUUGACAA